AUUUUAACUGUUGACGUGUUUGCAAGCGCUCGUUCCGUGUUUUGCUAUCGAUUCGUCUCGCCGCGACAACAACAAAGAAAGCUCGAAUAACGCGUCGGCAAAAAUCGGCAACUCAGAGCUCAGUGUACCAAAAAUACAAGAAAUACAAGAAUUAAAAACCCCAGAAAGAAAACCCAGUAAACACAAGAAGUGCAACCAAAACAGUGUGCUAUAAAUUAGUUGUUGUGGUGUGUUCGGAAAAUGCGUGGCUAUUAAGGCGAUCCGAAAGGAAUCCGAAGGAAGCGCGCCACGUAGAGAACAGCCCGUUGGGAUCCCCGUUCUUGCCCCCACCCGGUAGCACAAAAAAACAUUCAAAAUUAUACUCGAAAUGGAUAUGACCUCAACAGCGGAAGCUGCCGCGCGCAGCUGGUACGACAGUCCCCGUUUGGGUGGCAGCUCCUCCGUCGGCAACGGGGGCGGCGUCUCGCCCCAGACGAACGGCCUUGGGAGCAGCCUGGCCCACAGCCACCACAGCCUCUCGAGCGGAGCCAGCUCGGCGGGCAGCAGCGUGGGCGCGGCCCUCGGCGGCGGCGGCGGCUCCGGACUGGACACCAGCGACAUGAGCGCCUUCUACGCGCUGGAGAGCAACGGACACCACCGCCGCUACUACCCCAGCUACCACCAGCACACCUCCCGCAUGCCCUCCACCCAUGCCACGCCCCAAGUGUGCCGACCGCACUUCCACACGCCCCUGAGUCCUUGGCUCACGAGUGAGCACAAGUCCUUCGCCCCCUCGAGCGCCUGGAGCAUGGGCCAGUUCGCCUGCCCGCAGGAGCCGCAGGUGGAGCACAAACUGGGCCAGAUGGGCCAGAGCCACCAGACGACGGCCACCGGCCAGCACUCGUUCCCCUUCCCGCCAACGCCGCCAAAGGACUCCACGCCCGACUCCGUGCAAACCGGUCCAUCCGAGUAUCAGGCCGUGAUGAACGCGUUCAUGCACCAGCAGGCCACGGGCUCUACCUCACUGACGGACGCCAGUUGCGCGCUGGACAUCAAGCCGUCGAUCCAGAACGGCAGUGCGAGCGGAUCCUCGAGCGGCGGCGCCACCCACACGUCGGCGCCCAAGCAGCGCGAAGGUACGAGCAGCACCACUAAUUCCAGCUCCAACUCCACCAGCAGCAGUCAGCAGCAGCAGCAACAGCAGCAGCAGCAGCAACAGCAGCAGCAGAGCAGCAGCAGCAGCAACAACACCGCCAGCAGCAACACCUCCGCCUCCGCAUCCGCAGCAGCCUCCGCGUCCACAUCCUCCAACGGACUGUUCGAGGGCACCGCGCAGGCGUACAGCAGUGGUGCGAGUGGUGCCGGUGGAGGCGGAGGAGGCGGUGGGAGUGGUGGCUACGACAGCAGCAGCUACGCCUCGUACCACCACGCGGCGGCGCACCACCAAGCGGCCGCUGUGGCCGCGGCGAAUAUGUUCCAAAGUUCCUCCGUGGCGGCGGCUGCAGUGCGGCACAGCAUGGCGGCGGCGCACCACCACCACCACCACCACAGCGGACACCACCACGGCGGUGGCGGCUCCUCGGCGGGCAUGCACGGCCUGGGCGGUUCGGUGGGCGGCGGCAACGGCGGCUCGACCGCCAUGGGCAGCCUCAGCGGCGGCGGCGGAGCGGGAUCGCUGAGCGGUCACAGCAACGCCGGCAGCAAUGCGGGAUUGGAUUCGAAGCCCGUGCGGACAAAGCCGAGGACAAGUGCUGAGGGACGCGAGUGUGUGAACUGCGGUGCCACAUCGACGCCACUGUGGCGACGCGACGGAACGGGACACUAUUUGUGCAACGCCUGUGGCCUGUACUACAAGAUGAACGGCCAGAACCGACCGCUGAUCAAGCCAAAGCGAAGACUGACCCUGCAAUCGCUGCAAAGUGCGGCCAAGAGGGCGGGCACAUCCUGCGCCAACUGCAAGACCACGACCACAACCCUUUGGCGACGCAAUGCCAGCGGCGAACCCGUGUGCAAUGCCUGCGGAUUGUACUACAAGCUGCACAAUGUCAACCGUCCGCUCACAAUGAAAAAGGAGGGCAUCCAGACGCGUAACCGCAAGCUGAGCUCCAAGUCCAAGAAGAAGAAGGGUCUUGGGGGCGGCUGUCUGCCCAUCGGAGGUCACCUGGGCAUGGGCGACUUCAAGCCACUGGAUCCCUCGAAGGGAUUCGGCGGCGGCUUUUCCGCCUCCAUGGCUCAACACGGACACCUCUCGAGCGGACUGCAUCCUGCACAUGCGCACAUGCACGGCAGUUGGUACACAGGUGGCAUGGGCGCUCUGGGGGCCUCCAGCGGACCAGGGGGCUUCUCCACGGCCGGCUCUCUCGGAGGAGCCGUCGUGCCCCACUCGCAGCCUUACCACUUGGGCCUCAGUUCGAUGGGCACCUGGCGCACGGACUACACGUGAUGGAGCGGGAACAACUUGAACAACAAUCUGUUCAGUUAGAGCCGCGACUUAGCCCGAAUCGACGCAAUCGAGGCGUAAAUAAAUCGAGACAAAACAAAUGAAACAAGACAAAACACAACAAAACACAAUGCCAAACUGAGGACUCCUUGGCCAGCAAUUGACAGUGGCACCGAGCCCUUGACAUCCCAUCCAAAUUCGCGGAGUGGGAGGAGGAGGGGAAUGGGGGAGGGGGAGGGGGUGGAGUGCGGGCUGGACGAACGCUGGCUAUUCCUAAUUGUAAACAUUGCGUGCAAUUUUUAAUUAUUUAAGCUUUGUCGCUGUUGUUGCUGCUGCUGCGAGCCGAGUGCCGAGUGCCGGCAGCAAUAACAAAAGCCCCAUUAAAAUUAAUUAAAGGGCUGCACAUUACUUUUAUUUUAUUUUUCCUUUAUGGCUUUUCUGUGAGUGUUUGUAUAGUUUUUCCUUAUGUUUCAUAUUUCGCUUAAUUAAUUUAAUUUCUCGCCGCAAAUUCAGCGUAUUUAAUUGUGCUUUAUGAACUGCCAUAAAAAAACAGAACGAGGGAAUGCGAGGGGAAGUUUCAUAAAUAUUUAUUGUGUACAUAUAACAGAAAACGAGAAUCAAGCACACAGAGAACUAAAGUUAUUAUAUACAAUAAACAAAAAGCAAAAGAAAACAGUUACAAUGCACGUCCAAAAGUAAACAUUUUUUGUAAAAACGAAAAAACAAAAACAAAAAUCGUAGCAGUAAGAAAAGUUGCUUGAGAUGUUUGUCCUAAUUCGCGAAACGCAAUUGAAAAUUGCACAGAUACUUUAGAGCGUAUGCCUACUGUAAACUAGUUAAAUUCUUAGACUCUAAACAAAACAGACGUGAUAAACAAAAAGUAAAAGCUAUAUAUAAAUAUAAACAUAACAAAUUUCACUAAAGCGCGCCAUUACCAACUGUAAAAUAAACUUAACAAAAUGCUAAAGAGAAAAUGUUUUUGAUUAACUGCAAAGGCCGCCGUCAACUUUUUAACUAAAAACACACACACUUAAAUGUUCAAUGUUAAUGCCUAAGUCUUAAAAAUAUAUACACAUACACAUUUAACUAUACUUAGACCUAAUCGUAAUGUAAUAAAUUUAAUUAAAUUAAAUGUUAAAGGCAAUUUGUAAAAUACAUUUGUUAGCAAUUUUUGUAAAAUUAUAGGAAAAACAAAAGAGAAAAACCGCAAAAAAAGAAAAUCCAACUAAACAUAAAGCCGUAAUCCCCUAAGUUGUGUGUAUAAAGCCAGUUUAGUCCUAACCUAAUUUAUGUCUGAGGUAUAAAAGAAUACGAUAUGUAUAACUAUAUAUAUAAAUAUGAUGUAUUAUGUGCUAAGUGUAAACGAUAAAUGUAUUGUAAUUUGGCCAUAUUGAUAGUUGAAUAUAUAUAAAUCAAAGCAAAGUAAAGUUUAUUUAAAAUCGAAAAAAA